CAAUAUGACCACAGACAAAAAGUGGCUCUGAACCUGGCUGUAUACAAGACUCAGGAAGCCUCCAUUCCUCAGAGGGGACAUGGGCACUGAUCAUCAGUGCCUUGAUUAUCAGUGUAGCCACAUCAGUGGCACCUGUCAGUGUCCAUCAAUGCCACCUGUCCAUGCCCAUCAGUGCCACAUCAAUGUCACAUAUCAGUGCCUACCAAUGCACAUCAAUGCCACAUAUCAGUGCCCAUCUGAGCUUCCCUUCAGUGCCAGUCAGUGCCACCUAUCAAUGCCAGUCAGUGCUGCCUAUCAGUGCCAUAUAUCAGUG